AUGUCGUCGCGCAACCCUCCGCCCUGGGAACGCAAUGGUCGCGACAGACCACCACAGCGACCGCCGCCAUCGUCCACGGUACCCGCGAAGCGCUCGAGCGACUCGCGAUCACACGAGAGGGCCUCAAAGCGGUCAACAAAUGCCGCAGAAGACGCCUGGGUCGCGGACGAAGACCGCUUCGUGCUGCAGCAGGCGAAGAAGAAGGCGGCCCUGCGCGUCAAGGGCGGUCGUGCCAGGCCCAUCGACUGGCUCGCUGUCACGUUGCGGUUUAUCGACCCUACCAGAUCUGUACACGAAGAGGAAGUCGAGGAUCACGAGCUGGACGUUGUCGACCCGGAAGGCGUAUUGGAGGGCCUGGGUUCAGAAGAGCUGUCCGAGCUGGAGAAGGAGAUCGAGAACUACCUUGCGUUGGAAACCAACCGCAGCAACAGAGACUACUGGAGUGCGCUCAAGACUAUCUGCAAAGACCUCCGCCGCAAAUCGAGGGAUUCGUUCGACUCGCGCAGCACAAACUCCGUCGCCGCCGACAUCGACACGCUCCUCGCGCCCAAGACACGCGAGCAGCUGGAGAUACUCGAGGUGCAGGUGAAGAAAAAGCUGGACUCAGACGAGCCCAUCGACUACGACUACUGGGAUCAGCUGCUGCGGAGUCUGCGCAUAUGGAAGGCCAAGGCGAAGCUGCGGCGCGUAUCACAGGAGAUUGUCAGGGAGAGGCUCCAGGCGCUACGGAAACAACAAGCAGAGGCUGCGGCGUCGGUACAGGAGAAGCUGCAAGGGACGCUGGGUAGCACGUCAGCAAUGACUGUGGCCUACGACGUGUCCCUCGACCCCGAGCCAUCGUUGAAGCUUAGCACCGAGGAUAAGGCGCUGAAGCAGGUGGACGAGAAGAAGUUCCUAGAGGACAUUGCCAACGAACGCAAGAGAACACAGAAGCUCGGCUAUGUUCCCUCGCAGAACGCCGCGCCGGACCAAGUCACGAUGAACAGCAAGACAGGCGGCAGCGGCGCGGCCACCGUCAGCGCCUCACGGUUCGCGCCCAUCGAGAAAGAGGACUCCUCGCAGGCGACCAUGGCCCUCUACGAACGAGAGGUCGCACGCGGGGUCGAAGAGGGCGAGGAGGUCUUUACGGCCGAAGAACAGGUCACGACUGCGCGACCGCAGUGGGCUGGCACCUACAAACCCCGAAAGCCCCGCUACUUCAACCGUGUGCAGAUGGGUUAUGAGUGGAACAAGUACAAUCAGACCCACUACGACCACGACAAUCCCCCGCCCAAGGUCGUCCAGGGCUACAAGUUCAAUAUCUUUUAUCCAGAUCUCAUCGACAAAACAAAAGCGCCCACGUACAAGAUCGAACGCGAGAACGGUCGCAGACGAGGCGAAUCCUUUGCCCCGGCUGGGGAGGAUGACACGUGCCUGAUCCGUUUCAUCGCCGGGCCGCCCUACGAGGACAUUGCCUUUCGUAUCGUGGACAAGGAGUGGGAUUAUAGCGCCAAACGGGAGCGCGGCUUCAAGAGCAGUUUCGAUAAGGGCAUAUUGCAACUGCACUUCCAGUUCAAAAAGAUCUAUUAUCGGAAGUAG